AGGAGGAGCUCCUGGAUGAGGGCCCUGCUCAGGCGGACAGGCUGCGGAGGGCCCCGACGGCCCGCAGGCGCAGGAGAAGGCACACGCUGCCGGAGGCCGCCGGUCCCACCGAGCCGCGAGCGGAGGAGCGCAGCGGCGUCAGCAUGGCGGUAGCCGCGUCCGGUGCGGCCCCUCAGGCACCGCGCGACUUGCCACCUGUUCCUUCUACAUCGAGGACAGGCUUUGCAGAAUUUUCUGUUAGGGAGCGAAUGAGAGAGAAACUAAAAGCAGCAAGGUCAAAAGCAGAAAUUACUUUAUUGCAAGAAGACUCCAGUCCACGAUCGAGGCGUUUAAAAACCAUCAGAGAAAGGAAAACAGAAGUCAGACUGGAUAAAGCGUCUGCUAAUAAUACAUUUAGAGAGGUGCAAGAGGAUGAAUCCCACUUACCAUCAAAAGUAAAGUUUCGUGAAUCUGUAAAAAAGCUUAAGCAAAAUUCAGCAUUCCAGAAUGAUUUUCCUUCCACUGAAGAAGCAUACAAUUUCUUUACCUUCAAUUUUGAUCCUGAACCAGAGACUAUAAAGGCUGGAGCCAGGCAAAGGCAUGAAUUAAAUGAAGAAGAGGGGGCAGAAGAAGAAUGUGUAGAAACCCAUGAGGAUGAACAAGAGGAGGAUGAAACGGAUGAAGAUGUACGCCUAGUUAAAGAUGAUGAUUUAUUCAUUAUAGGGCAGACAGCCGAAGAUUUUCUAGUAAUGAUACCUGCUGGUUGCGAAAGCUACUCUGAGCAACUGAAAAAGGAAAAAGAAUUUCUCUUCGUUCCCAGCAUGCUAGCAGUGCCUGCUUCUGAGAAGAUCCGUGAAAACAUGGAGCCUAGGUACCUUGAGGAUGAGGGUCUUUACACAGGAGAAAGGCCCUUUGUAUCACAGUCUAAUCAAAAUAUUUUAGAAAACAGAAUACUCAGACAGGAGCAAGGGAAGGAUUGGUUUGGUGAUGAUGGCAAAAUCUUAGCGUUGCCUAAUCCAAUUAAACAGUCUUCUACUAGGCCUCCAAUAUUCUCAUUGGAAGAAGGCAUUGCACCAGAACUUGAAACAGUGUAUAGAAAGGCAAUAAAAAUGACAGCCGCCAAUCAGUAUCUUGUUGGACCGGGAGAUUUUCAGGGGCCAUUUCAAUUGGAUAUUGAUAUUUCUGGACUGAUAUUCACUCAUCAUCCCUGUUUUAGCCGUGAGCAUGUGUUAGCAGCUAAAUUGGCUCAGUUGUAUGAUCAGUAUUUGGCAAGAAAACAGAAGAAUCUUACCAAACUUCUCACAGACAAGCUGCAUGCUUUGAGGAAUGCUGUGCAAUGUAGUAUAGACGGUGGUGGUGCUGGUGUUCCUAGUCCUGUGGCACAACAGAGCAUACCUGAAUACAAAAUUGAGAUCAGGCAAACCAGAAGACUUCGUGAUGCUGAACAAGAAAAAGACAGAAUGUUGCUUAAGACCAUUAUAAAAGUUUGGAAACAAAUUAAAUCCCUCCGUGACUUUCAGAAGUUUACUAACACACCCAUGAAACUUUAUUUGAGGAAGGAAGAGGUUGAUCAGAGAUCAGAUGAAAAAGCAUAUGAAGCAGAAAUUCAGGCUGAGAUAAAUGAAUUGCUAGAAGAAUGUAUGGAAGAAUAUGAAAAGAAAAUGGAGGAGUAUAAAACUGAGCUACAAGAGUGGAAAUCCUGGAAGAAGACACAGAAGUCCAAGAAGAAAAAGAAGAAAAAAGAUAUUAAUGAAGAAGAAUCAGUAGAAGACUGUGAUCUUAAUGAGGAACGUGUAAAACCCAUCCCACCCAAAAUGGCCAAUAGCCUGGAAAUAGAGCAGCAGGUUAGAGAAAAAGCUGAGAGUUGCAGAAGGAAACCUGGAGAGCCUGUUCUAAUUCCUGAACUGGUCCUGUCAGGAAGCAUAACUCCAACUGAGCUAUGUCCUCGGGCAGAAGUUUUGCGACGAGAAGAUGUAAAAAAACGUUCAGCAUUUAUAGAAGUCCUUUUCAACUCCAAAGAAGUAUCAAGGACUGUUACCCGACCAAUAAGUUCAGAUUUCAGAGUCCACUUUGGACAGAUCUUCAAUUUACAAAUAUUCAAUUGGCCAGAGAGUUUGAAACUACAGAUAUACGAAACAACGGGUAUGAGCAGUACCACCUUGUUGGCUGAAGUGUUCAUACCUGUUCCUGAGACUACAAUUCUGACAGGCAGUGCUCCUAUGGAAGAAAUAGAGUUCAGCAGCAAUCAGCGUGUGAUGUUGGACCAUGAAGGAGUUGGGAGUGGUGUGUCCUUUUCAUUUGAAGCUGAUGGUAGCAACAAAAUUACUUUAAUGACCUCUGGGAAAGUAUCCAACAGUGUCUCUUGGGCAGUUGGAGAAAAAGGAGUCCCCUUAAUUCCUCCAGUAUCCCAGCAAAACACCGGCAUUCCAAGUGCUUUAAAAAAUAUUGAUGCUAUUGCAUCCAUUGGCACAUCAGGACUAACUGACAUGAAGAAACUAGCUAAGUGGGCAGCGGAAGCAAAACUUGAUCCAAAUGACCCAAACAAUGCAGCUCUGAUGCAGCUGAUCAUGGUUGCCACAAAUGGAGAGAGACAUGCUCCUGAUUUCUUCAGAUUGGAACAGUUGCAGCAAGAAUUUAAUUUUGUUUCUGAUGAGGAAUUUAAUAGAUCAAAGAGAUUCCGACUUUUGCAGCUCAGAAAUGGAGAGGUGGCAGAGUUCCGAAACUACAAACAAGUCCCUUUACAUGAGCGAGAAAUCAGUGAGAAAAUUUUCCAGGACUAUGAGAAGAGACUGCAAGAGAGGGAUGUGAUUGACAGCAAAAAUUACCUAGAUGCACACAGAGCAGUUGUUGCCAACUAUCUGCAGAAGGUUCGAGAAUCAGUAAUAAACCGUUUCCUUAUAGCAAAACACCAUUUCCUUCUCUCUGACCUUGUCAAUGAAGAGGAGAUUCCGAGCCUUGGUAUUUUGGGACUCAGCCUCUUUAAACUGGCAGAGCCAAAACGACCGUUAAAACCCAGAAGAAAAGAAAGGAAGAAGGUCACAGCACAGAAUUUAUCAGAUGGAGACAUAAAACUGUUAGUGAACAUCAUUAGAGCGUAUGAUAUUCCAGUGAGAAAACCAGUGAUGAGCAAACUUCAACAACCAUCCAAAUCUUCAAGGUCCUUUAAUGAGAUGUUUGCAGCCUCUCCAUCCGCUCAGAGCCCAACUGAUAGCCCAGAUUGGGCAUUCAAUCAGGUUUUAGUCCGUCCUUUUGUAGAAGUUUCUUUUCAGCGAACAGUCUGCCGGACAACAACAGCAGAGGGUCCAAACCCCAACUGGAAUGAGGAACUUGAGCUUCCAUUUAGAGCUCCUAAUGGUGACUACAGUACCCACAGUUUGCAGUCAGUGAAGGAUGAAGUCUUCAUUAAUGUUUUUGAUGAAGUCCUUCAUGAUGUUGUAGAGGAUGAUCAUGAAAGAGGAAGUGGAAUCCGCACUCGUGUUGAGAGACACUGGCUGGGAUGUGUUAAGAUUCCAUUUACUACGAUAUAUUUUCAAGCGAGGAUUGAUGGUACAUUUAAGGUGGAUAUUCCACCAGUCCUCCUUGGCUACAGCAAAGAAAAGAACCUGGGAAUCGAGAGAGGUUAUGAUUCUGUGCGAAAUCUGAGCGAGGGCUCGUACAUAACACUGUUUAUUACCAUCGAACCACAGCUCAUUCCUGGAGAGCCAGUCAGAGAAAAGUUUGAUACCCAAGAAGAUGAGAAAUUGCUCCAGGCAGCAGAAAAGUAUGAAGCUGAAUGUAUGUCAAAGUUUCCAAGUCGCCAAUGCCUAACAACUGUAAUUGACCUCAAUGGCAAAACAGUUUUUAUUACCAGAUAUAUCAAACCUCUGAAUCCACCACAGGAGCUUCUUGAUGCUGUCCCAAAUAGUUCUCAAACAGCAGCAGAAUUGGUGGCUCGGUAUGUUGCUUUGAUUCCUUUUUUGCCAGAUAGUGUGUCAUUUGCUGGAAUUUGUGAUUUAUGGAGUACAUCAGAUCAAUUUCUUUACCUUCUGGCGGGAGAUGAGGAAGAACAUGCUGUGCUUUUGUGUAAUUAUUUCCUCGGUAUGGGGAAAAAAGCCUGGCUUAUCAUCGGAAAUGCUAUUCCUGAGGGAUCAACUGCAUAUGUGUUAACUUUGGAACAAAGCCAAUAUGUAAUUUGGAAUCCCAGUACUGGAUGUUUUUAUGGGCAGUAUGAUACUUUCUGCCCCUUACAAAAUGUUUAUUGUCUGAUCAGCUGUGAUAAUAUUUGGUUUAAUAUGCAAGAAUAUGAUUCCCCAGUAAGGAUAAAUUUUGAUAUCAGCAAACCAAAACUUUGGAAAUCUUUCUUUUCAAGAAGCUUGCCCUACCCCGGUCUCCGCAGCAUUCAGCCCGAAGAACUGGUUUAUCAGCAUUCGGACAAGGCUGCUGUGAUGGAACUGCAGGGCAGGAUUGAAAAAAUACUAAAAGAUAAGAUUAUGGAAUGGAGACCAAGGCACCUAACUCGUUGGAACAGAUACUGUACCUCUACCCUACGUAACUUUCUGCCGUUGCUGGAACAAAACCAAGGCAAAGAUAUAGAAGAUGACCAUCAGGCAGAGCUGCAAAAACAGCUAGGAGAUUACAGGGUCUCUGGAUUUCCUAUUCAUAUGCCAUUUUCUGAAGUCAGACCUUUAAUAGAAGCUGUUCACAGCACAGGAGUUCACACCAUUGACAUUUCCAAUGUUGAAUUUGCUCUAGCCGUGUAUAUUCAUGCUUACCCCCAAAAUGUUCUCUCUGUAUGGAUUUAUGUUGCUUCACUUGUUCGAAAUAGGUAGUAUAGACCAGUCAGAAUACCCCAAGAAAUUUGCUUACGUAGGGGUAAAUACAACAGAUUUCUCACACCACUGAUUUGAGCUACCUGAAAAUCAGGUUCUCACUGUUUUUAGUAGCUGCAAACACGAGCUUUAUUCACCCUUCAACCACUGAAAAUCUUGCUUAUUACCGCUAAGGAAGAGACAGACAGCUUGAAAUUCCAGUACUAAGGGCUGAUUUUCUAUACGGUAUUUUGUAGCUCCCAGUGGGACAUGACGCUCUUAAAAGCAUUAGACGCCCGCAUACAGCGGCAUUGCGGCGUAGAAUGGCAGAAUUUGGCCGCUGUAUUUUCAGGUGAAACCUGGUUCCUGGAAUCAUGCCUCAAAGCCUGUUUUUAGCUAGUCAGUUUAUCUACAGACCUUCUUCCUCUUCAAAGACACUGUCCUUCAGUUACAAUACAAAUAGUUACAGUUUCCCAGGGCCUGCGUUCCUGAAUGAAGACCAGGACUAUUCACCUAUGAAUACAUUUCAUGCACCAGAGCCAUCAGUGAAGGCCAUACUUCAAUUUUUAAUAAGCAGCUGCUUCUGCUACUUCACACUUUAGCGCUGGCAUUACAUUUUUAGAGGUAUAAGAGGACAUUUUCUUGAAAGUAUUUAAUAAAUAUUUAUACCAAAGCGGAAGUUUUUUUAUAUAAGAAUUUGAUUAAAUUACUUUUGAGUAUGAGAUCCUUAUCUGCAAGUUACCCUAGUAAAAAAUUAUGAUUUUUAGUAUUCUUUUCAAAUUCACUUCUUAGUGUGUAAGUAGUGGUUUUAACUGCUUAUGCUGAGAUAUAUAUACACAUACACAUUUUUCCUGUAGUUACCUCCCUAAUUAAACUCUUUCAAGCAAAAAUGAUGGUAGGUUGAGCUAGAAAGGAUGUUCAUCAGAACAUAUCAAAGUUAAGAUUGUUCUUGAGCUCAAUUUCAAACUAGACACAGUCCAUCUAAUAAAUACUAGACACAAAAUCUUUGGUUUAGAGCGAACGUGCAGCAGGAGCCACAGGCUCUAUAGUCUCCAGCAGAGAGGUGUGGCUACAUCAUCAUCAUACAGACAGUGCCUUGCUGAACAACACUGAUGACAUCUUCCAUGUUUAGACCCACUCCCCUCCAAAGGGUGAAGAAACACGAUGUAAGUGAACAGAACCUUCUGCAGCUGGUGCGGCCCUCAGCUGUGUCUCCACCAAUCUGCACAGAAACCACCACCUAGCAGCAAGGAUAGGGAUCUCUAGCUGCACCUCCCCAGCCUCAGAAACGAGUGCUGGAACAAGGAGAGAUGCAAGAAAACCCACUGUGUGCCUUGCUACUCUUGUCUUGCCUCUGUCAGCACUGCACAAAUGGUCACGUGCCUACGCUAACCUUUGGGCACAAAAGUCAGUCUAAUGCAGCUUCCUUGAACGAGCAGUUGCUGGAGUCACAGCAUCCUUUCGUGUGUCUUCUGUAGGCUUCUGACUGAGCCCUGUACGUUCUGCCCCGGCCCACGUUCAGCUGUUACAUGAACAGCCAGCUCUGCAUCAACUCCACAUUCACCGGUGUUUUUCCCACCUUACCACUCUCCACUAUUAGUGGCAGCAAGAUGGUGUCAAAACUUGAGUUUACUGUAAUCCCCAGCUGUGCCUGCAAGCUGGCUUCCCAGACACCGAGAAUCUGGAAAGCUACAUUACGUCACCAUGACUGCUGUCCUAAAUAAAUACUGCUCUAAAGAAUUUAUCCAAUUGAUAAAACAAGUAAAAUUUAUGAUUUUGACCUAUUGUCAGCCUUCAAAAUGAGGCAGGUUGGGGGGGGGGGGGGGGGGGGGGAACCCAUCUGCCUUCCACAAAAGCUGCCUGAUGCCAGUCAUACCAGCGGGCGGCCAUUAAAGUUUGCAACGUAACACGGGCUGCAACACUCGCUUCCUCUCGCGAUGGGCUCUUCCCCACGCGCUCGCCCACUACACCCAGACAGUGCAUCCCCCUCCCUAGUGCAAGUCUCACUAAGCCCAACAAGGGAUUCUCUGCCUCCCCGCUAGUCUGUACUCUUCCGUGAGGGGUCUUCUUAAAAUUCAAAGUGAUGGGGAAAAUCAUUCUUGUCUUCCACAGAUUUCAUAUGAAUGAAAACUGACUUUCUUGGAAGCUGUUUCAAACAAUGCAUCUUAACACAGUCAUGGGAAAAAAACCAUAGAAGAAACCCCCACGCACACACUGCGAGAUUCACAGCUCUGCAACUGCCACAACAGCCGCCCACCCAUCUCUGCAGCCCGCUGGCGUGGUACGCCUGGAUAUUACACCUUAAAAGCAUAAGUAACAACUGCUACGUAUUUUUUUUAUUGGUGGGAAUCUUUUAUUUGAGUAUGUCUUUCAAGCCCAAAUACAAAACCAAAUGCAAAAGGAAGGUGGGAAUCUCCCUCAUUUUGCAAUAUAAAGAACAACUUCAGGAUGAGAGGCAAGGGGAAGAAACAAGGCUCCUAAGGAUGUAUAUAAUUGUUACCCAAAUGCAAACAAUACAUUUCAAGUUCUCUGCAGAGCUUCAUAUUGUACUUACGGAUUCAGAAUUUAAAAAAAACAAA